AGAGAGUGAAGCGGCGUCGUACGGCCGCUGUUCAACAACGCAUAAGCUUCGAAGGCGACGGGGAUUUUGUAGGAACCAUAGCUCGCUGUGCUUCCUCACAUAGUCCGCCGAGGGACCGCAAAAGGCUUAUCGCAUAUUUUCUUGGGACGAAGGGCUCUUCAACAACCAAGCCCGAGGAAGUAGGUCUUCUCGGAGUAUCGUGUGCCGAGGUGAAUUGAUGUUCAGCUCGGCUCUACGGGAAAACAACACUCAUUGGCACAUGACAACUUCAGACCUCGCUGGACACAGAAGUACAGCGAGAAGUAUCACCACUUCGAGGACCUGGGACCCGAUUGGAGGUGAACGAUUGAAGAGAGAUCUCUGGUGCACCAACUUUCUCACAACAAAGAGGUGACACUAGUGCAGAAGCAGUAUGGGAGGUGGAGAGAGAUACAACAUUCCAGUUUCCCACCCCGAGCGCCCUUUGCCCAAGAAGAACCAGCAGCUGGGCCGGGCCAAGCAGAGGAGCCGUGACCAGAACGGAGCGCCGGCAUCUGCAGGGGGAGCGGGCGGCCUUCACCACCACAGCCACCGCCGGAGCGACAAGCUCGCCACCUACCACCGGUUUCCAGAGGCGCGGCAGGCCGCGUCCGCAGAAAAGGACCCUUCUGUCCGCUUUGCCACCAACUAUGAUCAGAACUGGGAGGGUGUGGUGUCUCACCUCAACACGCUCCUUGCCACACAGGGGAGUCCGAGCUACGCAGGACCCAAGUUCAGCGAGCCGCCCUUGCCCAGCGUGUUGCCCAAGCCCCCCAGCCACUGGGUGUCCUUCCCAAUGGGCGCCUGUGACAACCGGGAGAUGAUGGCCUUCCAGCUCAAGAGUCUCCUCAAGGUGCAGGCCUGAGAGGGGGUACCCAUACUCAUCCAAAAACCCCAUGUACGAACUGGGACUCUCUUGAGGGCACCCACCCACCAGGAACGCCUCAGUGCUGUAAUACUUUUAGCUGUUUUUAAGAUUGACCUCUGUUCGGAGGCAUUUCCAGCAAUUUUUUUUGCUGUGAAAUGUGAAUUCAACACAAAAUGUGUAAGCCUAUGUUUCUAGAUAUUACAGCCUUGGAGCCUUGCUGGUCGGUAAUGCCUUUUUAGUGGAGUCAGUUUCUGUGACUAAUGACAAACUGGAUAUCCCUUCUACUUCUCUAUUUGUUUUGUUCUUUUGAUGUUGGCUAUCAAAGCAGAUUUGAGUGUUCCGUUUCCCCCCCCCCCCGCAAACAUCGGUUAUAGUAUCGGUCAGGUAAAUUCCCACCACUUUUACAGUCCAUUUCUGUGGACAGACAUGCUUUUUCAGUUACAUAAGUUUCAUGAUGAGCCUUCGAGGUAAUUUCUAAAGCAUCAGGUGCUAAAGCAAACUUGCAUUUGUAGCAAUUACAUAGUUUUUGGAGUAGGGCCCUCUUUUCUUUUAUGUUUAACAAUCCUUGUUUGUGAUGGAAAGGACACUCAAAACUGCAAUUCUGCAGGGAAAAAAAGCUUUCUUACUGGAGGUAAUGCGCUGAACAGUACAGUUCAAAAGUAUCACCUCGAACUGAAGGGUAAUAAGAGACCAUGGCACACCGGCCUUGGACUGUUGACUCCUGUACCUUUUUUUUUUUAUUGCGCUGUGCGCACAUGCACUAUAGGAGUUGAGCUCGUCUGAGGCCGAUCACUCUAUCAUAGCAUUAUUUUGUACACGUCCUUUUAUUGUUGUGGUUGAAAGAUAUAAGAAGUGCUGUGUAACCAAAGCAAUGUUUUCGCUGUAUUUUCUUUUCGUUCUUUUGGACAUUCUCGACGUGGCCGGCAUUGUCGCCGUCGCCGCUUGACCCGUACGGGCCUGUGUGGUAAACGAGCGACGGUCACUUCUAACUGUUCAUCUGUCUCAAUAAGCACUGUUAUUGCUCCUCGGUCUCUGCCUUUUCAGGACAGCGCUGCAGCGUAAACUCGCGGAAGAGGGCCAGACUUGGUCGUGGGUUUCACUUUCUAAGUCAUGUGACAUGGCCCCGUUUACUGCAGGCGUUUGUAAGCAAGGUGGAGCGGAGGAGGGUUUCUGAAGGAGUGGCCCCGAGGACUCGGCGUGAGGCGAGAGGUUGGCGUUUAUGUUUACAAAAUAGGUUUCCAUAGUUGACCAUCCCAUCAUCGACAGACACUUUCCGCCUCUGCGUUUACCCUCUUGCACUGCAAUCUGACACGUUUUUAAUAAGUUACAGGCCAGGAUGCUAUUGAAAUAGAGGCGUAAUUGACUAUCUCCCCAUGGAUUCUCUAUUUUCGUUUGACUCGUUUCCCUUGAGACAUUCUUUUGCUUUCCCCUUGCAGAAUUGGAGCUGUUUAUUGCCAGCCUAAAGAUGAUGAAACAAAGUAUGAGAGCGUGUUAAUGUGUUAGAGCCAUGUAAAUAAUUAAAUGUAUAAAGUACUUGUAGCAUAUGUAAAUUUGCAGGCCGAGUUUGAGGCCUGUCUGACAAAAGUAUUUUUAGUAAUAACACUGAAUGUAUAAGACAUGCUAAGGACGUGUCUUGACUUCAAUGUCUUGACUUCAAUACUGAAGAAUAUUUUUGUUAAAAAAAAGCUGCAAAUAGCAUUUCUCAGCACCCCUGCACUGUUAUCUUUCCAGAGAUCUUGCACAUGUUUUUUAUUGUUUUGUAUUAUGCAGUGUAGGGUGAAAGAUGCGAAUUAAGUAAAACUGCAAAACACCAAUUGGAUCCUAGGAGACCUGCCUAUGUAAGAAUUUGAGUUCUGAAUGUGCUUACAUUAUGUAAAUGUGAUGUUUUUUAAAUCUCGAGUUGACCUGUUUGUGCCUAAGUUGAAAUCCAUGCUGAAACUGAUGUUCAUUUGGUGGCAACGCCACAAGUUGACUAAUGUUUUUCAUCAGAGCCAUCUUCAAUUGUCUGCUGUUCUUCCGCCAGCUGACAAUUGAACUUGGCCUAAUGCUGUUUUAAGUUCUUACUAUUGGUUGUUCAUGUAAAACAAAAUUAAUGUUCUGGCCCUUAUUGAGUUGUGCAUGGCAGUCUCCUUACUCUAAAUUUGAAAUGUGUAACGAAUUGGCUGUUAAUUUGUCCCCCUGGAAAAGUCACCGACUAUGGAAAGAAAAUGCCCCGUUAAAGAUUUGUAUCAAUUGGUAAAAAAAAAGAGCAAAUGUUAAAUGCACUCUGAAACACAUUUUACAAAAGAAAAUAAAUCCCUGUCCCUCCCCCCCCCUA